UAGCAGAGAGUGAGAAAGGUACCGAGAAGGCUGGUUGAUUGUUAAUAUGGCGGAGACCGUACGCUCGCUCUUCGACUACCGAGAUCCACCGACGCUGGACAGCGACGGCGACGGGACCAAACCAGUGCCGCCACCUCGGGGGCGUGUUUGUGGGAGGAAGAGGAAAGGGACGCCGGUGAAAGUGUGCGACCGAGUCUUCGUCACCGAGGAUGAGGAGGAGAGUUCUGAACACAGCUAUGGUCCAGGUGAUGGUAAGGAGGCCGCAGAGAACAAGCAACCUGGCCUGAAUGGCCCAUUCUACAACGCUGACCCCGCCCCCGUCUGCAGUGGGACUUCAGAGCAGGUUGACGAGGGAUCCAGUGGAGGCAGGUCGGUGGUCUACCCCCCUCCUCCGAACUGCCGAAUCCGAGAGGUGCACUGUGGGAGCCAGGUGCGUCUCGUCGUUAUAGCGAUCCGAGACAUCACCAAGGGAGAGGAGAUCACCGUCGACUACAGCCUGACCGAGUGGGGAGACAACACUAUGGGCUUCCGUGGCACAGCGUCUCCUGGGAGAUCCGAAUGCACCUCCGACCCUGAGAACAUCAAAAAGGAGGAAGAGUCUGGACCUGUGUCAGCCCAGGACUACCUCACCCCCUCUUGGUCCCUCUCCCCCUCCUCCUCCCCCGUUUCACACUCGGACGCCAGCGACUCGGAUCCCCAUAGCGACGGGGGCGAGGAGUGGGGGCAGAGGCGUAACCCCCGCCGCCGCAAGCGCCGCCGGACCACCUCGGCCAAGAAGAGGAGCGCCCCCAACCGCACGCCCCAGGGGCGCCCUCCCGUCUCCCCCGCCUCGUCGUCCUACCGCCCGCUCGCCUGUCCCCCUUCCUCCUCCUCUUCGCCUCGCCCUUCCCUGUUCAAAUCCCCGGCCCCGCUGGGGCCCAACACCACAUCAAACAUUGGUGCCCACGUCGCCCGGGGGGACGGUGCCGGGGCUCCGAGCCCGCAGAAGAUGAGUUGCGCCUACUGCGGCCGACACUUCCGCUCGCUCGGCCGCCACCUGGACAAGCACCACCCCAACCAGCCCGAGAUUCGCGCUGCGCUCAUCGAGCGCUUCAUGCCCCAUCUGGCGGCCGCGAGCCAACCCCAGCAGAAUGCCCAGGCGACGUCUUUGGGAGGGCCGCCGAACACUCCGAGGCCACCGCACGGGGGCGCCGCAGCCGCCGCGCUCUCCCUGUCUCCUCAGCGCCCCGCCGCCCAGUCCCCUUCCUCCACUGCCGGGAAAAGCUCCUCCUCCCCCGUGGUGUUGACUCCGCCUCGGGGGCGGAGCGCCGUGGCCGUGUCGGUGCUAAAGAGGAGCCCGCCCCCCGUGGCGGUGACCCCACCCAGGAAGGCGGGACUGCGCAGGGUGAAGAAGGAAAGAGAGGAGGAAGAGGAGGACGAUGUGGUGGAAGUGGUGAGGCCCAAAGAAGAGGAAGACUGCAAUCUGGCUUGUCCCCGCGGCAAGGAGAUGGAGCGGCGGCCGGAAGAGGAGGAAGAAGAAGAGGAGGAAGAGAAUGGAGCGGUGGAAGACGACAAAGAAAAGGAGUCAAUGAGCACGGGGCGUCUCCACAUGCUGCCCCUGCUCUCCUCCCUGUCCUCCCUGGUCCUCUACCUCCGCCGGCUCCAGCACUCCGCCUUCCUCUCCCUGUCCCGUCAGCUCCAGUCCGCCGAGGCCUGGCGCCUCCUGUGCCACUCCUCCCUCGCCCUGCUCAUCCUCUACAACCGACGGCGCGAGUGCGAGGUCUCCAAGCUGGCCAUCGCUGAAUACCGUGCCCGGGUCACCCCCCACUGCCCCGUGCCGGUGGCCCCCGGCGCCCCGCCCGCCCUCACCCCCCUGGAGGCGUCCCUGUCCCCCUUCGAACGGCUUGUGCUUCCGCACCUGCCCCGAGUUGGUGUCCAGGGCAAACGCGGACGAGUCCAGCCUCUCAUCCUGCCGCCACAUUGCGAGCCGUGCCUGGAGCUCCUGCUCCAGACCCGGCAAGACGUCGGCGUGGACCCCCAGAACCCGUACGUGUUUGCCCGGCCGUACCACUCCCCCGCCACCCCGCUCCGGGGCACCGACCUCCUCCGGAGCCUGGCCCGCUCUAGCGGCACCCGGAACCCCCGCGCCCUCACCCAGACCCGGGUGCGCCGGCAGGUGGCCAUCCUGACGCAGCUGCUUCUGCUCGGCGAGGGCGAGGAGCCCGGGCAGCCGGGCGGUAACGCCGUGGAGCGCCUGGAGCACUUCCUGGAGCGUGAGUACCACGUCACGCAGAGCUGCGGCGGAAUCGGCCAGGACCCGGGGCUGAUGGGACGGGUGGGGCGCGUGGUGCUGUGCGGCGAGAGGGACGGUGUGCUUUUCCGAGGGAUGAGCCUCCACCACAUCUGUCUGGAACUCGACGUGAUGUCAGGUAACUCAGCAGACUCCUUCUCGGAGGGCGACUCGGACGGCGACGGGGCCAAGGAGAAGGGCGAGGUGGCCCCUUCCGGCCUGCUGAUGGUGAGGAAGGGCCGGGCCAACGGGAGGACGCAGCGCGCCCGGAAACUCAAGGCCACGCCCCCCCCAGCCUCGCCGCUCUCCCCUUCACACCCGGCCCGCAGGAGAGGCUCAGGUGGGCCCAAGUCAGGCAAGCGGGGCGUCCUCAAGCGCCCAUGGUCGGACGCGGAGCGCGCCGCCGUGGAGGAGCACCUGACACGCAACAUCGCCGAGCUGCGUGUGCCGGCCAAGGCGGACUGCGAGCGCUGCCUGCAGAGCUGCCCGCUGCUGGUCACCAACCGCCGCGACUGGCGGGCCAUCAAGUUCUACUGCCACAACCGCAUCCAGCUGCUCAAGAAGAACCAGCGGCGCGAGGAAGACGGGGCCACCAUCGUCGUGUGCUGAGGGCGACCAACCGGCCGAGAGGCGCAAACGUCACGGCGUCGAUUGGUCAAUUCCGUGACUCCACCAAAGCAAAACGCUGUGUCCGAAAGGGGUACGCUAGCGUGGGUAUUGGAGUGUAGCCUGCGUUUCACAGACACCGUUCGGUAUGGUUCUCGGUGGGGGAAAUGAGACUGUUGCGGAAUGGCCACAUCCUGGGUAGUUUGUUGUUUAUGUGGACAUUUCUAUUUAGUUCAUGUUCUGAAACAGACUAAAAGUGUUUAGGUUACAACGACAGCGCGCAAAAGAUUGUUUCGUUUUGACUUUUUGGAUGUUCAAGGAGGUUUCUGAACAAACUUGAGUGUUGUGCAGAACUUUCUCAACGCACAAGUGUUGCACAAAUAUUUCGGAACACUCGUGUUGUGCAGAUGUUUCUGGACACGCUCAGAAAGAUGCGAUGAGGGUGUGAGGCUGCGGGAAUGUAACGUCGUUGUGGGUCUUUCUAGUGCUGUGGUUUUACAGCAAGGUUCUUCAACACCUAGUUCUGGAGAGUGUGCAUGCUUGUGUUCAAGCCCAGCACGAACUCACCAGAUCAAAUGUCAUGACGGCAUGACUGGUCCGUUGAUUCUUUUAAAAGUGCUGGGCUAGAGUAUAAGCCUGUGACCAGGACCGGAGCGAGGGGAGAAGAAAACCCCACGGUCGAAGUGUUGUGACAUUUCUGUUUUGAAUCCCUACACUAUUCUUGGGGCUUAUUUCCCCGCUCCCUUGAAAAUUGGCACACUACGGGACAACAGUUGAGUACUGCCUUGUCCUAAAUGCACCAAGUACGGUCUUGUUUUUGUCAUUGUGUCCUUUUUGUGCCUGUUGCACAUCCGUUGUCAUAAGCAGUUUCUAAAGGUGCGUUUGGUUGUCGAGACGUUCUUCGGCGAUGACCCUUGUUCCCUAUUUAAUUCUAAGUGGUCUUUGUGGGGCAUUUUGCAGAAGAGUGAGCAUAGCUGAAACAGGAUGCCACCAUGGGCUGGUUUUGUGGACACUGCUUAGUCAUAGCCUAGGAUAAAAGAAAGCAAGGUCAAUGCGAAAUUCAUUGAGCUUCAUUUUUUAGUACGAGACUAGGCUUAAAGGGAUAAUUCGUCCAAAAUUCUUAUUUUCCCAAAAUCCUCUCACCAAAAGAUAAUCCUGAAGACACAAUCGUUUUUUCAAACAAACCAUUAUUCAGCUCUGUACCAGUCUGUAAUGAGCGUGGUGUUGUUUACCUCAAAGAACAUAACGAUGUUGUAUUCCUCAAAAUAAAGUUUUAAAGCGAUAUAAUUCUAAUUUCAAAUAAACUGGUACCUCCUGUGUUUACCGAUCGGUUUUGUUCACAAUUGUAUCAAUCCACGCGUUCUUUCGGGAAGAGUACGUGUAUACAUCUUCACAGUAAAUGAAAGUAUUCACUAGCUAGAAAGCAAGUUACCUAUUUCGUCUUUGAUAUUCACCUCGGACAGUCAAUCUUUAUUUUCUUAAGACAAAGGAAAAUGCAUAUAUAUUAUGUCUGACUCUGAAUAGGAGCAGGAAGAACAUUUUUCAGAGGAUAUAGCCUUUCUAGUUCUAACCAUAAUACACAGAUGAUCAAUUGAACGAAUAGAAGCUUGGGCAGCAGCUAAAGGGGGCGAUGGGGAACCUGUUAAUUCCCAUCCCUUGCCCAGAAUAUCCAGAGGCAAUGUGUACGUUGUGUAUUAUAACAUAGCAAUCAGAAGUAUUACUUACAAUCUGUCGUCUCCAUGGGUUGAACUGGGUAACUUGAUGGAAUUGCAUUUGCCUUUAGUCAUCUAAGUGAACAGGGUCACGAUGCUCUGUAAAAUGUUUCUCGCCAACUUUGUAUGUCUCAUAGGCGACGUUUCUCCAUUGAUUCUCCCACAAUAGGACUCGGCAAAGGCAGAUGUAUUGUCCCAGGUGCAGAACGGGUACAUUUUAAUUUCACACCAAAAACCCCGGGAGCAAGAAACCGCUUAGUCAAGAUGAGAUCAGGCAGAAGUUGAUCCAAAGCAAAUCCACAAGUUCAAAGUUUAUCAAAUGUACCAAAUAAGUAAUCCUGCACACCGAAAUUCUUGUUACAUGGCACACGAUAUCUAUGUAGUAAGAAUUUAGAAAUAUAGCAAUAAUACAGAAUAGAAUAAGCUCAAUCGUAAACACGGAAGUCAUGCUAGAAUCAAAGAAUGUUAGAAAGGCUUAAUAUUCCAGAAAUUGGGAGCUGGGAGGAGUGCUGCGUUCGUUGUAAUUGGGAUCUGGAUAUGUCGCCCUGGUGAUGGGGUUGACAGAUGGAACUGUGAACAAACCUUACAGAUAUGGCAACAAGUGAAGUCUCCUCUUACGUCCCUUGUACCGGUCUUAAGACCACCGCAUUUUCCAAAAUUACAAAUAUGAUAGUGAUGUCCAACAACGAAAUGGGCCAGCUAGGCGAAACAACCUAUAUUCACGUAGCUUGUUGAGGUUAAAGUUCAUGUUCACCUCCAUGACAUCACUGCCGAAAAACAAGUGGUGUAUGGUGGCUAUAGGAAAUAGUUCCCUAAUGCCAAUAUGAUUUCGGCUAUUCCGCCAGCUGUUUUGUCAGUGUAAAAAUCGAUGUAACCGCGACACAUUACUAAAUGUAGUUUGAAGUGUUUUGGAGUCGUUUUCCGCUUGCAAUGCAGCUUUGCAAUAGGCCUACGAACCGUUUCCAAUCAUGAAUUUGGACGAUGCUAAUAACGUUAAUUAUAGGCUGGAACAGCUGAAUAAUGGAUUGUUUGAAAAAACGACACUGUCUUCAGGAUUAUCUUUUGGUGAGUGGACUUUGAGGAAAAUAUGAUUUUUGGACCAACUAUUCCUUUAAUCUGUCUGCCAAAUGUGCCCUAAAUGCUUCUUUAACACUGAGUGUUGUUUGUUGUUUAUUCCAACCUGUUUUGUCAUUUCCGACCGACCAGUGUAGCUUUAAUCUGUUUUCUGCUACUCUAGUCAUCUUGGUUCAUUGUAGUUAGAUGAUGGACUACUUGUAGCUCUGACCCAGGGCGCUGAUACGUCGUACUAGCACUUUCAGACAGAUUCAAUCCAAUCAGAGGUAUAUUUGUGUUAUAGCACGCUUUACACUUCAUAAUUUUCGAUUGAGCUCAAAUGUGCAGCGCUUAAAAUGCAUGCGGUCUUCACAAAGGUGGAAACAUUUUUUAAAAAAAAGGCAAAGCUGACGAAGCACACUUGUAUUGAAUCACAGAUUGAACUUUCUCUGCUUUAGCGAGCUGCACUAGCGCUCUGGACCAGAGCUGGGCUACUUGUACGUAUAAUCGCAAGUAAUUCAACAUCUUUUGUCUUAUUGGAAAUAAAACUACACACCACCUCUUGACAGAUACUUGAAAUUAUUUAACAUUCACAUAAUCGUCAAUUUUUCAUGCUGUCGUGUUGCCAGUUUCAUUGUACAUAAAGAAAUAUUAUCAUAAAGUAAACUGGUUUGUUAGCUCUACCUGUAGCUUUUUUUCAAAUCUAAAUUGAUAUUUGUACAUAUGCUUAUGAUUUUGUAAAUAUUCACAGAAACACAUACAGGGGGGGAAAAGUUUAUUUGUGUUUUGUUGUUUUUAUAUAAGUGAUAAACAUUUCAAGUUGUAUUUCUGAAGUUUGAUUUUUUUUUUUUAUGUGCAAGUCUUUCUCUUGAAGUUGACUGUUUGACCAUUAAUAUGAAUGCACUGGAUUUCCAGAGGCAUGGGCAAGUGGGUGUUUCCCCAGUCAUUUAAAUUUCAAGAAAUAUGAAUUUCCCCAUUAAAUGUCAUGGGUGCA